GUUAGAUGUGUCUGUCCCCUCGUCCGUGACGAUGACGAUGAAGGGCUUGUCGAGUAGCCGGAGGCACCAUCACAUGGUGACCUGUGACCCCUCCUAUGACUCCAUGACCCUGGGGCGCCAAGCCCGGCCCUACCCGCUGAACCCGGGCAAUGCCCACCCAGCGGACCACCCUUACUAUGCCCAGCGAAGCUCCUUCCAGUCUGAGUGCGGGCCCUACCCUGACCCGGCUAGCAGCACCUUCCCCCGAAGACACUACAGCUCACACCAUGAACUGAAGGAUGAGUGUGCUGUGGUGCCUUACACCGGAGGCCAGGGGGGAGGCGUUAAAAACAACCGCAUCCCCCCCAACCUUCUGGAGCAGUUUGAACGGCAGGCACCGGCGCGCCAUGACGGCUACCACACACUGCAGUACAAGUGCACAGCGGUGGCGCACCAGCGCAGCGACAGUCCUGGGAGGAUCCGGCAUCUUGUCCACUCUGUCCAAAAGCUCUUCACCAAGUCUCAAUCCCUGGAAGGCCCAUCCGGGGAUAGGAUGAACGGGGGCAAGGCCAGCUCUGACGACCCGCCCUCCCACUCGGGCACCCUGAAGCACAGCAGCAAGCGCAGCAAGAGCAAAGACCGCAGCAGGUCGGAGCCCAAGAUGCGCUCAGCCAUCUCAGGCUACUGGAGCUCGGACGACACCCUGGACCGCGAGGUGUGCCUGUACCACCACCACAGCCCCAUCCCGGGAGGCAUGCCCUCGGGGGUGAUGACCAUGGGCCGCCACCCAGGCAAGUCCCAGUCACAGUACUUCAUGGAGCAGUACAACACCAUCAGCGCCCACUCGCUGAAGACGUCACGAAGCAACAACGACGUCAAGUGUUCUACAUGCGCCGGGUUGCCGGGACUGGGCACGGGGAUGGACGGGACUGGCCAACUGCUGAAGAAGAGCUCGUGGUCAUCAACGCUGACGGUCAGUAGGGCCAGGGAAGUCUACCAGAAAGCAUCGGUCAACCUGGACAAAGCCCCGGUCAAGGCUGAUACCUGCCAGCGGGGGGGGCGCCCGAUCUGUCAAUUCCUUCAGGUACCCCAGGACGAGUGGAGUAGGGGGUUCUUGUCCGUGGGGAAAGACGAGGAGAUCCCAUGCAGGCGUAUGCGCAGUGGCAGCUACAUCAAGGCCAUGGCGGAGGAAGACAGCGGCGACUCAGACUGCAGCCCCAAGCCCUCGCCCAAGGUGCAGGCGCGCCGGGCAAGCUAUCUGAAGGCCACGCAGCCAUCGCUCACCGAGAUGACCACCCUCAAGAUCUCCACCGAGUCGCACUCUCCCAAGCUGCAGAUCCGGAGCCACAGCUACCUGCGUGCGGUGAGUGAGGUUUCCAUCAAUAGAAGCCUGGACAGCUUGGACCCGGCAGGCCUGCUGGCCUCGCCCAAAUUCCGCUCGCGAAACGAGAGCUACAUGAGAGCCAUGCGCACCAUUAGCCAGGUGAGCGAGGUGGAGGUGAACGGACAGAUUGAGGCAGUGUGUGAGUCUGUUUUCAGUGAGAUGGAGUCUCAAGCGGUGGAUGCUCUGGACCUCCCCAUGUCAGGCUGCUUCCGCAUGCGCAGUCACAGCUAUGUCCGGGCCAUCGAGAAGGGCUGCUCCCAAGAUGAGGAGGACAGGGUCACCAUGGUGGGGGGAAACAUGAGGGCUAUCUCAGCCCCCCGGGCCACCACCACCGUCAGGACCAUCCAGAGCAGCACAGUGUCGUCAUGCAUUACCACGUACAAGAAGACGCCUCCGCCGGUGCCGCCGCGCACCACCCCACCCAAACCCGUCAUCUCCAUCACGGCCCAAAGCAGCACCGAGUCGGCCCAGGACGCAUACAUGGACGAAGGGUCAGGCCUCCGGACCCGGAUCAGCACAUCCCAGCCCCACCUGUCCAACUCCACCGAGAGCAUCGACAGUAUGAAGGCCCUGACUGCAGCUAUUGAGGCAGCUAACGCCCAGGUCCACGGCCCGGCCAGCCAGCACGUCACCAACAGCACCAUCACCGUCACCGCCACCACCACCGCCUCCAGCGACAGCAAGAGGGACUCGCUCCGGAAGUGCCUCUCCAUAGGGAUACAGGUGGAUGGACCAGAGGAGGUUAGGGCGACAGAGGAGCACUCCAAGUUCCAGUCAGUGGGUAUCCAGGUGGAAGAGGAGAGAUGUUACCGCAGGAUGACCAGGUCCAACAGUGUGACCACGGCGGUCCAGGCCGACCUAGACGACCCUGACUACUAUCCCGUCGACGCUCCAGAGAUGGCGAUGCGCCACUCGGCCACCAUGCCCCGCCAGUACUCCCGGGACUCCGCCACCUCCACCGUCUCCAUUCAGGGCUCGGGCAACCACUACCACGCCCUGACUGUGGAGGAGUAUGGCGAGGUGGGUGUCGACCCAUCCAUCCUGCCCCCACCCGACCCCUGGAUGGACCAAGUGGAGGGCCCAAUGGAGGUGGUGGAGGGGAGGGGGUCGUUGUGUCCCAGGGACGGGCGCUGGUUCCUCAAGCUGCUGCAGGCCGAGAUGGAGCGCAUGGAGGGCUGGUGCAGACAGAUGGAGCAGGAAGAGAUGGAGAACGAGCUGCCGGACGAGAUCCUGGGGAAGAUCCGCAGUGCAGUAGGCAGCGCCCAGCUGCUCAUGUCUCAGAAGUUCCAGCAGUUUCGGGAGCUGUGUGAGGAGAACCUGAACCCCAAUGCCAACCCCAGGCCCAUCUCCCAGGAUCUGGCUGGUUUCUGGGACAUGCUGCAGCUGUCCAUUGAGAACAUCAGCCUAAAGUUUGAUGAGCUGCACCAACUCAAAGCCAACAACUGGAGACCCCUGGACCCCCCCGUGAUAAAGGAGAGACGGUUCGCCCAUCCAGUGCCAAAGAAGCCCCACAGGGGCCACCCUCCCCUGGCCAGGGACCGUUCUCUGGAGAGCUCCGUUAGACAGCGGCUGGAGGCUCGCAAACGUCUGCUGGCCGCCAAGCGGGCCCUCGCGGUCCGACAGAGCUCUGUCACCGAGAGCACAGCAGACAGUAUUGAGAUCUACAUCCCCGAGGCCCAGACCAGACUAUGAGACACACACAGAUAGAGACAGAGACCCUCCCCCACACACACACACACCUACAAUGGUGCACGCAAACACCCACACAGGCACACACAGCACUGAAUGGCGAGGGUAGGGUGCUUGUAAUAUGAUCACAUCUUUAUUUACUUCAACAAAAGAGGGGGGAUGGUCACAGCUCUAUAGUUGAGUGAGAAUACUGUAUAUUUAUGAAUUUUUAUCCUCUCCAUUUGAUCCUCUCCGUUGAACUUUCAGCUUUGACGUAGCUCCCCCCCACUCCUCACUCCCAGCGAUGUUUCUUCUUGUGAUGUCAACUCUACUUACCGAUAUUCCACCAACCAUGUGACCUGUUGUCACCCAAACAACAGGUAUACCAGUACCACAGCAUUGAGGCAUAAUGUAUAAUGUUUCUGAUUCAUUGGAACUGAAGGAAAGUUACGGAGGGAGGGGUAGUGUACUAGUGGAUCUAGACGGAGUGCUGUCAGGGCACACUACCUAAUCCUGUUGGGUGUCAGAAAGACUGAGACAGCAACUGUGUCCCACAUGACACCCUACUUCUUAAAUAGAGCACUGUUUUUGUGCACUACCUAGUGCACAAAAACAAUAACUACCUAGGGAGUUAUUUGAGACACAGCCAGCCUCUCUACUCUGGUGACCCUGGGUGAGGCUGCUACAGUGACUCACAGCACAAUAACAGCAGACAAUAGGGAAACUCAGUCUCUUUCCCCCUGUGGGAUACUACUGUCACGGGGUUCACAACACACACACACAUACACACACACACGCACACGCACGCGCACACACACACACACAUACACAUGGACGUACACUCAUUUGAGGUAACUUACCUAAACCUGUUUGAAUUGUUAGGGAGAACACCCGAGACAUGUCUAAAACCUUCUGGAGGCAUACGAGACCACUGUUUUAAAUGUUUCAAUUAGGAUUCAAGCCUAACUUCGAUUUAAGUCAUAUUUUCACUUAGUCAUGCAUUGAUGUCAAUGGAAGACUAAGUAAACUGAAGUAUAACUUAGGAUUCACCCCUUAUUAUUGAAAUCCAGGGAACAGCAGCUCUACAUGACUUGGCAAUGAAAUCACAAAUCACACACAUAAGCAUUUUAGUGAGUCACCAUAUUUGAAAAACAAUGAAAUGCAAAGAAAAAGGGUAUACACUAAUGGUUUGAUACAAUGAUUUUUAGUCCAACACCUAUGAACACCUCGAUGUUCUAUUAGAGCAACGUACAUUUAUCACACACUAUUUUGUUAUUGUACUUUCAGAGUACUCUGAGAGACUUUGCGCAGUAGCUGAAUCAACACAGUCCGAAGGUGUUCAACGUAGACAAUAAUAUCAAUGUGCAAAAAUGACUUUCAUUUGUAAAAUCCAAACCUUUUAAUAAAAUGGGAUUUGGAUGAGAGUUGUAGCUUGGGAUUCAUAGUAUUUACCAAUAAUCAAUACAGGUCUUUGUAGAGGAACAAAAUCAAAUGAAUAAAUCAACUCUGUGUCGGACAAUGACACUAUUCUUCCUUUGCUCCAAAUGCAGUCUUUCCAGUUACAGGAGCAGUGGCAUGAUUCUGCUGUACUCUCCUAUGUCAGAACUUUAGGGGUUAUAGGUCACAGGGUCACGUCCGUCUGUCUACCCUCAGAUGUGGUAGGAUUCUAGGGUUGACAACGCUAAUCCUGCCUGGCAGUCAGGUAUGGAGUUAGGUGGGCUCAUGGCAAGCUCUCAGAGAGAGGUCAGUGCAAUGAAAUCAGGGUCUGCCAGAAUAAAAAUGGUGAUUGACAGUUUAGCAGACUCUCUUAUCCAGAGCGACUUACAGGAGGAUUUAGGGUUAGGUGCCUUGCUCAAGGGCAGAUAAACAGAUUUUCCACGUAGUCAGCUUGGGGAUUCAAACCAGCAACCAUUCGGUUACUGGCCAAGCGUUAUUAACCGCUAGGCUACCUGCUGCCCCGUUUAGUGUGCGAGUGUGUGCGUGCGUGUGAGUGUGCGUGCCUGUGUCUUUGAGUGCAGGUGUAUGUGUGUAUCUAAUGUGUAUGUGAGUAUAUGGGGUUUACCUGCUUGUUUCUGAAGUGCUUCCUAUUUUUCAAGGUCCAAACGGGCCUUUCUUUUCACUGUGGAUGUGUCCUAAAUGGUACCCCAUUCCCUAUAUAAUGCAAUACUUUUGACCCUUGGCCCACAGAGCUCUGGUCAAAAUUAGUGCACUAUGUAGGGAAUGGGGUACCAUUUUGGACGGAGCCUCUGAUUAACGUAGCAGAAUCGACAUACUGUUAGUCCGUACCUAAACAAGCCCUGCCUAUCAUUUUCAACGGAACGAUAUAUGCCUGCACGUAUGAAGAACAUACGACUGACUACAUAAUACGCAUGCCGACAUGAGCAUAAUUGAAAUGUCUCCAUGUCAUUCUUUUCGUUUUGAACUUAUUUCAUUCUGUUUAUCAUAUUGUGCUGAUAAUACAAUUUGUCCUUAAGUUUAAAAAAGAGUCGCCUACUGCCGAUGUUCCUUUACUUUACGGGUAUCUUUAAAUGUAAAGUGUUACCAAUGUUCUACAUGACAAGAUAUUUUGUUAUUCUAUCAAACGACAGUGGGAAUUAUUUUCUCCGCAUCCAAACUGACACGCAACCACUUGAAAGUAAUAUAAAAAUAAUACAAAGUGUUUAAUGGUGUUUUAUGUCCACUGUGUAUUUAUUAAUCCCCAGAAAAAAAUGAUUCACGUUUGUUAUCAUUAUUAUUAUGCACUGACAAGGCCCUUAUGCUGUGUUUCUGAUUCUCCUUAUAUGGUUUUCUCUUUGGGAUAAAAGACACCUUUUAUUCUGUGUCAGUAGUCAGCCUUAAUUUAUAUUGUGAUAGUCAAGCACAAAUCAGCCUCAGGGGAAGAAGAAUAAAGCACGUGUGAUUGUCUCUCUCUGUGUGUGUGUGUGUGUGUGUGUGUGUGUGUGUGUGUGUGUGUGUGUGUGUGUGUGUGUGUGUGUGUGUGUGUGUGUGUGUGUGUGUGUGUGUGUGCGUGCGUGCGUGCGUGCGUGCGUGCGUGGGAUUAACCCAUGAAAAGGCUUUGUCUCAUACUGUAAAUAAACCCAGUAAACAGGGAUACGUCCCAAAUGGCACCCUAUUCCCAAUAUAGUACAUUAAGUGCACUACUUUUGACCAGGGCCCAUAAGGCUCUGGUCAAAAGUAGUGCACUUAAUAGGGAAUAGGGUGCCUUUUGGGAAACAAUCCCUUGAACAUUACAAGAGUUCUGUGGUUUAAUGGUUUAGAUCAACUACUCUUGUCAAAAUACACCAUUACAAAAUCUCUGCAAACCCAAUCACUUUGCAAUUUCUUUAUAUGAAGUAUUUUUUUUUAUCACUUACUUGUAUGAGUGAGACAAUCUUGAACAAAUUUGAUUUCAUAGACUGUUUGUGGGUGUUUGUAAACUCUAUUGAAACUGCUUUGACAUGAGGGAAAAUCCCUGCUAGCCAUAUACACUCACCGGAACAGUUUAUUAGGUACACCCAUCUACUAGUGGGACGGAACCCCCCUUUGCCUCCAGACCAGCCUGCAUUCUUCAGGGCAUCGGAAACGUUCCACAGGGAUGUUGGUCCCUGCUGAUGCGAUGGCAUCACGGCGAUAUAUUCAUGCCGCGAACAGCCCAUUCAAAGAUGCUUUAUUGGGUUGAGGUCUGGGGACUGCGCAGGCCACUCAAGUAAACUGAACUCCCUGUAUUGUUCCGGGCAAAUUUUUUCCACUCCUCAAUUGUCCAGUGUUGGUGAUCACGUGCUCACUAGAACCACCUCUUCUUGUUUUUAGCUGAUAUGAGUGGAACCCGGUGAAAUAACUCUGCCGCAAUAGCCCAUCCGUGACAAGGACUGACGAGUUGUCCACACCACUGUUGUAUUGUGUCGUUAUUUGUCUGUUUGUGGCACGCCUGUAAGCCUGCUCGAUUCUUGGCAUUCUCCCUCCAUCUCUCUCAUCAACCACCUGUUCGCUCACAGGACUGCCACCGACUGGAAGUUUUCGGUGUGUUGCACCAUUCUCAGUGAACCAUAUACACUGUCAUGCGUGAAAAGCCCAGGAGAGUGGCACCGACGAUCACACCACACUCAAAAUUGCUGAGGUCACUCGAUUUGCCCAUUCUAACGUUCAAUCCAACAGUAACGGAAUACCUCAAUGGCUGUCUGCCUGGAUUAUUUAACAAGCCACGGCCACGUUUCUCCCUGUCUGUAGGAGCGGUCCAUUUUCGUGAACGGGGUGGUGUACCUAAUAAACUGGUGAAUGUAUAAGAGGAACAUGUUCAUGACUGAAGAGUCUCAUUUGUUUGUGAUGGAAAUCGUGAUGAAUUAACUGUUCGGUAUGAUUUCUCAAUUAAUUAGACAAUAUUCAAAAGGUUACAAUACGUUUAUACAGUGGGGCAAAAAAAGUAUUUAGUCAGCCACCUCUUAAAGAAGAAGUUACAAGUCUGUGAGAGCCAGAAAUCUUGCUUGUUUGUAGGUGACCAAAUACUUAUUUUCCACCAUAAUUUGCAAAUAAAUUCAUUAAAAAUCCUACAAUGUGAUUUUCUGGAUUUUUUUUCUAAUUUUGUCUGUCAUAGUUGAAGUGUACCUAUGAUGAAAAUUACAGGCCUCUCUCAUCUUUUUAAGUGGAGAACUUGCACAAUUGGUAGCUUACUAAAUACUUUUUUUGCCCCACUGUACCUUUUUUGCCCAUUAUGUUUUAAGGUAAUUUAAUAUAAGUUGUGUUGCUCUUUAUAUUUUAUUUCACCUUUUUAUUAGAAUUCAUUCAAAUAUCGGUCAAAUUAUUUAGUUAUUUAUGAUUAUUAUAUUAACAUAUCAAAACCCUGACAUUACAGGGGGAUUACGGAAGUGGUAAAGAAUGUUGGAUUGUGGGUAAUUGCCAAACUAAAGACUUUCAACCAAUCCUGGCAAUUCUGAGAGGCGGAGGCUUGUGAUGUAUGCCGUGUUCACGUGCUAGUCGGAACUAGACAACUAUAAUAUUUCUGACAUGCUAACUGGUUGAACACGACAAGUGUAUAGCUACAAUCGGUUAACAAUUCAGAGUUUCCGAGUUCCGACUAGCACGUGAUCGCAGCAAUAGUCCAUAUAUAAGUAUAAAACGAUUCAAAUGAACAUCUGUACAUAAAUGAAUGUUUCCCUAUGUAAAUGUAAUAACAAUCAAAUAACAUAUUAAGCAGAUAUACAUUUUGUAAUUCAUAUUAUUGCACUGUUGAUGUUAUGUCACGUGUACAUAAAUGUAUCAGCAUUAAAAACCUUAAU